AUGUGUAUUACCGUCUCCAUUCUGACACUGUGUGCGAUCUCAAUAGAAAGAUGGUACGCCAUAUGUCAGCCAUUUGGUUUCAAUAGCAACAUCCAGAGGGCCCGAAUCACCAUUGCCGCCAUUUGGGCAGUCUCCAUUUGCGUGGCAUUGCCCGAGUUCCUAGCCUUCACCGUGAUACCGUAUCGCCCCGACACAAUUUUCAGGACAAUAUGUUACCCAGCCCUAUGGGAGCAGAAAACGAUGAUGAUCUUCCAGAUCUGCCAGUUGGUAUCACUCUAUUUCCUGCCGCUUGUCCUCAUCGCCUGCGUGUACACGCACAUAUCUGUCGUACUCUGGAUGACACGUAUCUCAGAUACACCAAAUAUUUACAUGAAUCCAGUAAACGAAUUAAGGCAACCUAAUACGGAGAUUGGCAAUAGGUUGUUGAUACGAAGAAAGACAGUUAAGAUGCUGGUGAUGAUUGUUGUGGUGUUUGCCGUGUGUUUUCUGCCUAACCACACACUAAACAUACUAAGAUAUAUGGAAAAGCUGAGGGGAAUUCCUAACCUGCGGAUGUUCGCUCAUAUCUCUCACUGGUGUACAUUUUUCAACAGCUGUAUCAAUCCCAUCAUCUACAGCUUCAUGAGCGACAAAUUUCGGAAGGAGUUCCGCGAGGCGCUCUCUCUUUGUUGCCGCUGCGGGAAAACCAGAACUCGGGGACCCGUGGUUCGUUACCAAAUGACUAGUUCCGAGACGAGGCAUUUAACGAUGCAUAAUUGUAACACUGAAAGUAACGUCCUGAUGCUAUCAGAUGGUUAAACAAGAUGCUUGUAACCUAAUCAUUGUAUG